AUGGCUUCUCCUGAUAUUGACGACUUGUUCAAAGAGGCAGGUGCCCUAGGAGUCUAUUCCUACUACUACCAGGCGAAUAGGGACAAUUUCCAUGAGAUUCGUCUGCGUUCUCCUAUCAAAUCUCCUGGCCGUUUGACUCCUACGCCGGUAAGGAGUACUGGACCGAGGACUCCAGUGGUCCAGCAGGCUCCAGUGGCUUUGGCCUCGGCUCCAUUGGCUUCCUCUCCACCUCCGCCUCUGCCUCAGGUGGCCCCAAUCGACCACCUCAAUCACUGCCUCAACACAAUUGUUGGUAAAGACAAAUCGUCCAAAAUCAUCAUCUAUCUACUACGUCUACUAACCUCUCUACCCACUUCCUUCUCCUCCCCCCUUCUUCGCCAACUGUUCCUCAGAUCUCAAGGAAUCAUCAAAGGUUUGGGAUUAUACAGACAGAUUCUUCGGUCUUUGGGAGUUCCGUUCCACUUGGUUCGUCUCACCAGAAUGAUCAGAUCUUCUGCUAUCAUAGUGAACAACUCAAAGUUGGGUACUCCUAUCAGAACUAAACAAUUACUCAAUUACUGGUUUAAUUGGGAUGUUAUCACUUAUCUUUCUUCCUUCUAUUACGCCUGGGCUGAUGAGUCUUUACUUCUCUACAACCUUGGAGUUCUACAGAAUCAUGAAUUGUCCCAUUAUCAUAAGCUUUGUUCCAAGCAUGAGCUUUUAGCAUGGUUCGCAAUUACUGUCGUUGGAUUACGCAAUGAUUUCGCCAAGUAUGACGAUCUUUUGAACCGAGAAAAUGCCAUAAAGAUCAAUUUCCAGGUCAAAGAACGUGCUCAUAGACUUCUCAGCCUCAGCUCUGGAAGUCCAUCUACUAUCACCAAGUUUGCCACCGCAUAUUCAUCUCAAUUGGCUGAAAUAUCGAAGGAAAAACGCAUACUUAUGGUGGAUAUAGUCCGAUUGUCCUCGGAUCUUAUCUACGAUUCCGUUUAUGUCUUCCACAGGCCGAUGUAUCAGCCACUCCAUCUCUCUCUAGGCUUGGCUUCAGGUAUCUUGGGAUUCUACAAGCUCUGGCUAUCUUAUUAG